AUGACGUACGCCAUUGCCAUUGCUUGCUCAGCCUUUGGCGUGCUACUCGGCUCACGCGCCCUAUGGCUCAACGGCACCAGCCACGAAACAAGCUUCUCGUCCAUCAUGAGCACAACGCGCAACCAGUAUCUGGACAAGCUGACGCUCGGGUACUCGCUCGGCGCGGCGCCGACGCCGCGUGCGGUGAGGAAGAUUGAGUUGAGGUUUGGGGAGCUGAGGGGCGGGGUUGAGGCAAGGGCAAGGUCGAGGGCGGCGUUUGGGCUGGACGCGGAUGUGGUUGAGCUGAGGAAAGGGGGCAUGUGA